AUGGUACUGCAAGAGAAUGAUACCUUCCUCACAGCACUGAACAAUAUGUUUAAGGCAAGGAAUUCAAAGGGUUCAGUUUGGAUCACUAUAAAGAGAUAUACACCAGAGGAUAAGAAGGGAGAAGCCCCAACAGCAGCAGAGGAGAAGGAACACAUGUGUUUAGUGCGUGCGACAGAUGGACAAAAGAAGAAGAUAUCAACUCUAGUUGAAGCAAAGGAUAUAACAUCAUUCCAACAGAGCAUUAGGAAUGUACUACUGAUCAAUGUUGACAAUCUAAAGAAAGAACAGAAAGAGAAGAAGAAGCCUGCUGCUGUUGUAAAGCGAGCGAACAAGGUGUAA